UCCUGAUGGUGUCGCUCUCAUUCGCUGUGUUGACUUUUUUUAUUUUUACGUCGAAGAUUGGAGCAUGUUGGAGCAUUUAUUGAGCAUCAAACGGGAAAAAUAAAUUGUCUUGGUUUGUGAUUACUAUUCAUCAUAUCAUUAUAAACUUUAUGUAUAUUAUUGGGUGUGUAUAUUGUUGUUGCUAACAAUGAAUUUGCUGGUAUGAACUGAUGUCGGACAAAAAUAGAUAAACGUUAUGGUGUUUAGUGUAAUGACGUACACUAAAUCAAUUGGAUAUUCACAGGCUAAAGGACAAGAUACGGGUCAAAUUUGAUGCAAGUGAGUAAUAAAAAGUGGGUAUGGAAGUGCUCAAAACGUCUCAAGAAAUUGUACACGAGGGAUGGCUCAUUAAAUCCCCACCUACUAAACUUUGGCGAGCGAGAUGGAGAAAACGCUGGUUUGCUCUUCGUCAUAGUGGUGAAUUGCCAGGACAAUAUUUCUUAGAAUAUUAUACAGAUAAGAGAUGUCGAAAACUCAAAGGACAUAUCGAUCUUGAUCAAUGUGAACAAGUUGAUGCUGGUUUGAGAUUUGAAAACCGCAAGCAAAAAUAUCAAUAUAUGUUUAAUGUAAAGACACCAAAGAGAAUUUAUUAUUUGGUGGCAGAAAGUGAAUCAGAUAUGAAUAAAUGGGUAGAUGCAAUAUGUCAAGUUUGUGGAUUGAAAGCAUAUACUCAGGAUGAAGAACAACAACUAUUUCACUUUGAGUCUCAAGAAUCACCUCCCAUAUCACCUACAAGUACCAUAUCAGGCCCUUAUAUUCCCAUAAGUGAAUGCAUUUCCGGUAGACGUUUAAAUGAUACUAGCUCUCUAAGCUCAGCUAUAAGCCAUGGCCCUGAACAUUACGAUGCACCACGAAGACUUGCUCCAUCUCCAUCACGGUCACCAACAACAACAGAUGCUGAAAGUGUUUUUACUGACGACGAAUGGACUACACCAAUUCCGAGUGUUAAUUGGGAAACUUUUCCAUCUUCUGGUGACUCAAGACCUUCCCACAGUUCAGGUGAUGCUGAAAUUGGUUCAUGGAGUGUCCGAAAACGUUUCGGUAAAUUGAGAAUCGUUGAUUCCGCUGGACCGCCGGUUGAUGAAUCAGUUCGCGCUCCACCGCGACCACCGAAACCAUCUCACAUGACAUUAGAAAAUAUCGGGCAUAAUUAUUUGAAUUUGGAUGGUGCUACUGAAAGUUCUAAACCAACAACACCAGCGACACCCGCGCCGUCGACACCAGCAACAGCAGUAAUAUCCGAUGAGACUUAUGAUUUUCCCCGCUCUCAUCAAUUGAACACUCCGAAUACAACGAGUACUGAUACUUCUACAAUUGGUCGUACACCUAGACAUUGCUACAGUAAUGCAGCACCAUCUUCUGUUGAUGAUCGUGUAUUUAGAUAUGAUUUUAAUGACGACGAACCAUCUAGUCCGCGUUCUGAAAGCUCGACAACUGCAACAUAUUCAAAUUUACCAAGUCCACUUGUCAGAGAUUCUUCGAGCAGCGUAUCUUCGACUGUCGUUCUUCCACCGCCUGUUGUUUAUCGAGAAUUGAAGCCUGGUAGAAAAAUGAGUGAUACGACAUCAAUUAUCAGCAAUGAACCAUCACCUGGACCUAAUUUAUCAGCAUCAGAAAUGAGUCCUGAUCACUUGGCUACCACUGAGCCGCCUCGGAUUAAUCGAAAAUUAAAACCUCCAUUAACUAAAAUUCCCACUGAAGGACCGCUCCAAUUGGCUUCACCACCUGGUAAAAAUAAAUUUCGAGCAGCUCCCAGUCCGACACCACAUGCUCAUGGACAUGGAACACGACAUUAUUCGACAUCUGACGAAGACAACAAUAUUGUGGAUGAUAAAGAAGAGAUUUACUAUUAUCAAGAUCAUAACACCUUUAUACCGGCUUCAAAUCGACGAUUAGUAGUCUUACAAUACUUAGAUCUUGACUUAGAAGCUUCUGAGAGUUUUUCAUCGUCGACUUUACCACCGGCACAGUCGCCGCCUAAUACAACUGUCUAUAAAACUGUGGAUUUUUUGAAAACCGAUGCCUUUAAUCGUACAAGACAACGAGUUGAAGAAGAGAGAAAACGUACUGAUGAAUUAGCUUAGACUGGUUUGACUCAUAUUUUUCUCCGUUUAUUCAUAUAUGUAUAAAUAUAACCAUAUAUUUAUACCCUCUGUUGCCUACUAAAAUAAGUAGUACAGUAUUUUUGAUACGAUUGAUCUAAAACAGGAGACAAAUUGCAUUUCGGAUACUUUAGUAUAAAAAAAUUAAAUACAGUUUAAAUAUAUUUUAACAUUCCCGUGUAAAAAAAAAAACAAAACGUUUAAAAAAGUUUUAAAAAGUAUUGAUUAUACUAAACUUCAAAACAGGACACAGUAGCAAAUUUUUUUUAAACGAUUUUGAAACUUCAGAAAAUACGAAGAAAAAAAAUGUACCUGAAGAUCGUAACGUUCUUCGCGUAACAAGAAUGACAAAAAUUUAUGUACUUCCGGAUUGGGGGUGGCUUAAGAUUUCCGGCUGACAUACCAGCAUCUAUAUGCGAAAUAUUUCAGAAAUCUAGUCAUCCAGUAGUUUUUUUAUUUUCCAAUUUUUUUUUUCGUUGCACGAAAAACGUUUCGAUCUUCAGAAACAUGAAAAAAAAAAAUUUACUUAAUAAAGUAAAAGCCUUUAUACCCGCUCAGUACCAUUAGUCGCUCACUUUAACUGUUUAAGGCGUUCUUUUAUAAUUUUUAUAAAAAAAAAUUACAACUAAAAAUAUUAUUAUUGAUAAAUAAUUAUUUGUGAAUCUAAAUAUAUUAAAAUAUGAUGUAUCAAAUUAUUUUAUAAUAGAUUAUAAAUUUAAAUUAAAUGACUUUUCAAAAUCGCGCUCAGCCGGGCAUUUUUUACUUUAACGUUCAUUCGUUAGAUUAAAUUUAGGCUACGUCAAAUUUUUUAAGAAUUGUUAUAACUAUAUCUUAUUAAAUACAUUUUUAAAACUCAUGAAAUUUUAUAUUAUGAAAGAAUAAAGUAGUAUAAUUUAUAAAUUAUUUGUCCAAAUCAAUAAACUUAUCAUAGUUUAAUUGAUAUUGUCUUUGAGCGACUAUAGGGCCAUGUGUUGGUCGAGUAAUGGUACAUGACAACUUUUAGUGAGCGACUAUGGGUACACUCAAGGUCCUUAUUUAAAAAAUUAAUAAUAAUUAAUUAUCAAGAUUAUUCUUCAAACUUAAAUUUUAUUCUAAUACUCGAAACUUCAAAACAUAACUAUAAAAAAAAAUAUAGUUUUUCAUUGUAUUUAUUAAUUUAUAUUGAGUGAUUUAAUCUCACUCCAAUGAAACGUGAGCGGGUAUAGGGGCUUUUACCUUACUAUAAAUUAACGUUUUUAGACUUUUGUAAACUUGUUUUGCCUCUCCAUUAAAAGUGAUAAAUUUUAUCAUUUUUUUCAGUGCAAGCGUUCAGAAAAAGCUGAUCUUGAACUAUUUCUGAACGUUUUUUUUUUAGCAUAUCACAAUAAUAUUAAGAUAUUCAUUGAUUUUUCUCUUGAAUUUUCAAAAGUUUAAAAAUCGUUAAAAAAAAGUUCGUCGUUGUGUCACGUUUUGAAGUUUAGAAUAGUAAAAACUUUUUCUCAACAAUUUUUUUUACACGGGUUUAGACAUCAAUAUUUCAUGGGAAUAUUGUGUUCAACGAAAAAAAUCUGCAUUUUUACUGCAAUGUGUAGCAAUAUUUUUUAUUACGGACCAAAAAUAUAAUAUUUAAGAUUUAACAAGAUGAUAAAUUUUAUAAAAACAAAUAUAAUGUUAACAUAAAAUUUCUUUAUUUUAAUUAAAUCAAACUAUUGAUAAUUUUUUUCUUAUCAAUAAUUUUAUCGAAAAAGAUAAAAAACUAAAUUUAUAUAAAAAAGUCAUAUCUAUCGAUGAAAAAUAAUGAUUUUUAUUAUUUGAAACUUUACACUGUAAAAAUUUGACGAAGUGAGCGCGGAUUAAAUCCGGAGUGAACUUGAAGCGGAUGACUGUGUCAAAUUCACUCUCAAUUUAAAUAAAAUUCGUAAUUACUCUGAAUUCACUCCUGAUUUUUUUCAGUGUAUGGAAGAGUUUUACUAUCGAUAAUUGUAAAGAAAAAAACUUUUAAAAUUUGUAAGUUUUACUACAACACAAAUAUGUAAAUUUAUUGAAUUUUAAUUGAUUGUCAAAACUAAUUGUCGACUUUAUAAAGAAAUGUAAAACACUGUUUUACAAAAAGAUUUUGAUGAUUGAAAUUUUUUUAAAUAUGAAAAAAAUUAUGAGUAUGAAUGUAGCAGACAUCAGACAAAUUUAAAAUUAUUAAUAAAUAGAGUAAACAAUUAAAAAAAAAAUGCGCAUUUAAAAAAUUUUGAAAAUACAAAGUGCAUUUUUUAUAAAUAUUAUUUUUUUAACUCUUUCCCUAUUUAUUUAUAAUUUUAAAUUUGUCUGAUGUCUGCUACAUUCACACUCAUAAAAAAUUUUAACAGAAAUUGUUGUAUUGAUAAAAAAUAAUUUGAAUUUUCAUUCUCUUAUUGUUGUAAUACUCUACGUAAUUAUUACACAUUACAAUGAUUGAGCGUAAUACAGAGUAUACAUUUUUAAGUAAGAAAUAGUUUUUAAUUAUACAUAAACAUUAGGGUGAUCCAAAAAAACCAACCUAUCGUAUUUACGUCUUAAAAAGGACCUAUAUAUCGAGAAAAAAAUUCUCCCAUUGGGCAAAAUUUUGAGCUCAAUUUUAAAAGGUGUCGGUAGCCAUUUGAAAUUUCCUAUUUAAAUAACGUGCAAAAAUUUUUUUUGAUUAAAAAUAUUAUAACUUUUGAACCGUGUGAGACAAAAAUUCGGCUCUAGAAUAUUCUUGUCGGGCAUUAAAUUUCUGAAAAGAAAGUCCUGGGAGUCGAAUUUGUAAACUUGAUAUUUCGUGUACUAACAGGCUAUCAAAGUCUAGAGUAAACAGAAUCAUACAAAUUUAAGGCUUUAUUUGGAUUUUCCAAAUACUUUUCUUUUAUUGUGAUCGAUAACAAAAUAUUAUUUGUUACAACGUGGAUAUUGUUGGUGAUUUCAUUGCACUACAUGUAGAACAAAUUUUCUCGUAGUAUUGAUAUUUUUAAUAAUAAAGCUUCAAGUUUGUAUGAUUCUGUUUACUCUAGACUUUGAUGGCCUGUUAGUAUACGAAAUAUCAAGUUUACAAAUUCGACUCCUAGGACUUUUUUUAAAGAAAUUUAAUGCUACGCAAGAAUAUUCUAGAGCCGAAUUUUUAUCUCACACGGUUCAAAAGUUAUAAUAUUUUAAAUCAAAGAAAAUUUUUUUGCAUGUUAUUUAAAUGGGAAAUUUCAAAUGGCUACCGACACCUUUUAAAAUUGAGCUAAAAAUUUUGCCCAAUGGGAGGAUUUUUUUCUCGAUAUGUAGGUCCUUUUUAAGAUGAAAAUUCGAUAAGUUGGUUUUUUUGGCUCACCCUAAUAAACAUGAAUCAUUUAUUCAAAUGAAUAUCGGAUCUGAUUAUAGAAUACGUAAUGUAAAAAUAAUAUGAUAAUUUUUCUUGAGAAAAAAAAAAAAUCAUUUAUUAAAUAUUUUUUUAAGGUACAUAGAAUUAUAUAAAAUGAUAUUAAUUAUUUCUUCACUUCCGUAGUAGUAAAUGAUAUUUAACUAAAAAUAAAAAUAAAGAGGAGCGGAAGGAUUUUAGAAAAUAUAUCAACGAAAUU